UGUCAUGUGGCCUCCGAAUAAACAGCUGAGAGCUGUUGUCGUCUCUCGUUCCAUGUAGUCUGGCAGACAAACGUAUAGUUAAUGAUAGAGAUCAGGCUGGGCAGUGCAUAACUGCAUAAGCACUCGAAGCCUUUAAACUUAAUUAUAAUAUAUAAAAAAAACGUAUAAUGUCGUCCACUUAUCGUGGACAUCCCGAGAAAGAAUAAAGCAAGAAGCCAGCUAAUUGAGCGGUUUGAGCCGAAGGUGGAUGUUGGAACUUGGAAUUUGGAAGGACCUACAAGUUGAAGUUCAUGUGCUGAUAUCUUUCACUUAUUCAUGACAUGGAGGAAGAUUUGCCUGGCCCGGCUCCAUUAUCAGCUUCAGUGAUAGGGAGUUUUGCAUACUUUACUGUGAAGGAUCGUCUACCUGUGAUCCUGACCUGUGUCAUCGAUUAUUUAUGCCGGGAAAAACUUUCUGUUGUUAAUCAAUAUGGAGAGGAAGCAGCCGAUGAGAUUAAGACCGUCAUUGCUGUUCUGUCGCAACUCAAGAAUGAAAUGCAGACCAACAAGACCUUGAAGCCCUUCACUGAACUCUUACCUCUCCCUGAACAUGAUGACACUGCCCUUUGGAACGCCUGCCUCACCUCCUACCAAAACAAACACAAUGAAGCCCCUCGGUGGUUCACCGCUCCCUGGUUGCUGGUGGAGUGCUACCUCUACAAGCGAAUCCACCACACCUUCUUGUGCACGUGGGCUACAUACAACCUGCCUUGUGACCUUUUGUCGGUGUGGGGCAACCAGUACGACCUCAGCCUGUCAGGAGGGACGGCCGUUGCCGUGGCUGGCGUCAGCAACGACUGCCAGGAGGCCAGUCCAGCAGCUGGCAUCAGCACUGUCAGCAGCGAUGGCAAGUCCAUUUUACGUCUCAUUGCUCGGAGUUACGGAGAAGAUUGCUACGAUGUCGGCUCUAACGAUGUCAGCUCUAGAAGUAGACAUGAUGAUGCCUGUCCGAGAGACAAAACAAUCGCUGACAGCAGUGCUGUCGCUGACAGUAAGGCUGACAGAGCCAGCGUUUAUUCUGAUGUAAAUGCCAUCGGUGACAGGGCUGCUGACAACGUAACUAACGCUGACCAUUGCAGAAUACUGGACUGGCUGACGUCAGUCAGGCAAGAUUUCCUCGUCAACGACAGCGCUGAGGUCUGUCAGCUUCUGAGAGCGAAGUCAGCGGCUGACUCUACUCUGGCGCUGGUGCUGGACAACGCUGGCUACGAGCUGCUGACGGACGUGUGCCUGACGUUGGUGCUGACGCAGGCACGUCUCGUACGUCACGUCGACGUGUACGUUAAGACGCGCCCCUGGUUUGUGUCUGACACCACUGCCGCUGACAUCAGCCACACGCUGCGCUGGCUGCGAAUGAGCGUCAGCGCGCCGCCCUCGUGGCUGUCAGCAACGUGCAGAAGGGUCGCCUUAUCCGCGUGUCAUGUAAUUCUAUUAUAUCGUAAUCGCUCCCCCCCCCUGACCCGCGUCUCACUUCAGGGCGACCUGAACUACCGCAAGCUGGUCGGGGACCUGUCCUGGCCCAGCACGACGCCCUUCCGUGAGGUCCUGGGCCCCGAGCUGGCACAGCUGGGGCCCGUGCUGGCCCUGCGCACCGUGAAGGGCGGCCCCGCCGUCGGGGCCUCGGAGGAACAGCUGCAGCGGGUCCGGGGCAGGCUGGGGGACCAGUGGGCCAACGAGGGAAAAUGUGGCAUGAUUCAGCUCAACGUGGCAUGAUGCGUGCAAGUGUGGCUUGGAUUAGCCAUCUUCAUGUUAUCGUAUUAAGGGGAGCGUCUGGGGUAAAAUUUAUCUCGGCUAUUCACA